AUGACGGCGAAAGCCGCGAGUGUGGAGUUCCCUGCGCUAGGGGGCGUGCUGGAGCCCACUGAGGAGCAAUUCGAGGAGGAGUUGGACGAGCUCGAUGCGGAGAUCGAGAAGCUCUUCACGGCCGACGAUACCACCGCGCAGUCUGCGCUCGACGGUCUCUUGGCCAUCGGCUCCUCCGCUCUCCUCUCCCCGCCACUUCCGCCCACUGUUGGCGCAAUCCAGCCGGCACAUGGCGCUGGCGGUGGGUUGAUCAGCGCAAACGGCGGCGCGUGUCCUGGCGUGGGUUCAGGAAACGACGGUAGUAAUGUGAAAAAGGCGUCGAUAGAUUCUCUUUUUUGGGAGUUGGAUGACGAUGGCGUGAUUGAGGAGGAGGAAGUAGCCACUGGCGAUGGUUUAAAAGGUUCAGAUCUGCAUGCUGCUGGGGAUGACGAGACGGCGGACCACUACCCUACAGCGGCUGACGCGGCGUCGAUCUUCGAAGAUGAGGUGGCGGAGAUCCUCCGGGUCGCGCAUCGCCAGGUAAGCGGUCUUAAGCUCGAGGCGGCAUGGCUGCGCUCCGGGCUGCUGGCGCUGCAGAAGGACGUGCGCAUGCUGCGCUCCGAGAACGACGCGCUCCAGGGUCAGCGGCGACGCGCGGAUCAGCGCCUGAUGCUGCUGCUGCGGGAGAAGGAGCUUGCGGAGGAGCAGCGCAGGGUGGCAGAGGAGCAGCGCCGCGCCGCGGAAGACGCGCAGGAAACGUUGCGCGGAGUGGUUUCCCGCGCGGUGGCGGAAGCGGCGGUGCUGCGGAGGCAGCUGGCGGUGUGGAAGCCGCCCGGUGGCGCGUGGGCGAUGGCGGUGAAAGCGGGGAACUGUUGGGGCGGAGAGAUUGGCGCAAGCGGAGCAGUCCGGGGGACAAGGGGAAGCCCGAUUCACCGCAGCUUCAGCGGCAACUCUCUCCGCUCCAGUCUGGAGGGAAGUGGCGCUCCUCCGCUCAAGCUCGCUCGUGGCGGAAGCGCGCUCGCAGCGCCAGGGGGGGAAGAUGUAACUACCGCCAUCGCGCAAUCAACGGGAUGCACCGGGGCCGGGGGCCAAGCUGGUGGAGGCAGCAGCGCAAUUUCCCCGUGGGCGGAGACUUCAGAUGGUUUCGCAGGGGGGAAGGACAGCGCGCACCGCACCUCGCACGGUUUCGUGACAAAGGAAAGCGUCAGCCCAGCCUUUAAACCUUCGGCGGCAUCUGGGGAUAUGUUUUUCGCGGCAGGCGGCGAGCUCCCGCGCCGUCUUGCGGAGGCGGGGCGGAGCGACAGCGGGGUGUGGGCGGAGGUGAAGCGGGUGGGCGCGGGGAUGGGUCUGUUAAUGGACUCUGACGUGGAUGCUGACGAGGACGCGGCGCUGCUCCGCGAGGAGAACGCGCAGCUGCAGGCGCUGCUGCGUGAGUCGCAGUGCGACCUGCAGGCGCUUGAGCAGAACGUCGCGCGCCUCAAGCAGGUCGUCGCCGCGCAAGAGGCGGCGGUGGACGCGGCGGCGGUCGUGGCGGCCGACGCGGCGGCUUCUGCGGGAAUUGGAGAGGGGGAGGCGGGGUUGGGGUUGGGGUUGGGGAUUGGGGGGAAAGUUGAAUGUGGGGGAGGCGGAAAGGUGAGGGGACUGGAGGGGGAACAGGCGGGCGAUUGGGGAGAAGAGAUCCGGCGGGAGAGAGAGCGGUUAAGAGAGGCGUGGGAGGAGGUGGAGAAAGAGAAGCAGAAGCUUGUAUCUUUCCAGCAGCAGCUUGCAUCAGGGACGGAAUCGGAAAUGCCACAGCCGCAACAGUGGCAGGCUAGCGGAAACGCAGCAACGGGCGGGUGGCAAGCCAUCAGCGACACUGGCGACAACGCUGGCAAUGCUGGCGACGCGGGCGACGCGAGCGACGAUGGCAAUGGUGAUGACAGUGAAAGCGGCUGUAUACGGAUUGUGUGCGGUAGUUGCGGAGCUGAGGGAGUCAUUCCAAGAAGCGUUGCAGGGCGGCUAGACGUGCUGGGUGCACUGGCAGGCGAUAGCAGUGUGGGGGAGGGUGAAGGCAGUGACGGUGAACACGGUGCAAGGGCAGCGAGGCUGCUGGAGGCGACACAGAGACGCCACAGCGCGCCGAGCUUCAUCCCUGGCCCCCCUGGUUCCGUUCUGACGUCUUCGGCGGAUGGUACUGAUGCUGUGACUGGUGGCACAGGAGAGGGCGGCAGCGGGGGUAUCGCAGAGCCUCGCGUAGCGCUGAAAAAGGCUGUUUCUAUGUCUGACGCGCAUGCGGUGCAAGUGGGGGUGGAUCUGGAGAUGGUGCGGAUACUGGAGCUGGAGGCGCAGAAGGAGCUGCUGGGCCUGCUGCACCUCAGCGAGGAGGAAUCCAGCGCCACUGCUGCUUCUGAACCACAGCUCCAGACAGGAGGUGCAGAGGUGGAUGGGGAUGUGGAUGAGAUACCGGCUGAGGCAGCGGCCAAUGCUGCUGCUUCUUCUCCUACUCCCACUGCUGCGAGUAGUGGCACCGUUUCCCUGGCUGGUGGAAAUGUUGCUGAUACCUCCUGUGGGAAUGCUGCUAGUCAGGCUGGUGCAGCCUGGUCUGCAGAGAAUCAGGGCCUGCCAGGUGGACCUGCCACUGUAACGGAUCUGUGGACGGCUGCUGCGCGUGCAGCCACUCAGCUGCGGAUGUCCCUUGAAGCAGCCCGUGAGGCAACAGGAAGUGGUAACCAUGCGGCGACGCUUCACCCUGCAUCCGCCUCCUCUCCAGUGCUCGAUGCUAUUCUUUCCGAGAACGAGCGGCUGAGGGGGGAUAUGGCGGAUAUGGCGCUGCAGAAGCGGCAGACUGUGUCGCAUCUGUCCUCGUUAUUAGACGACCUGUGGCAGCAGCACCGCGGGCUGCAGCGGUGCUUGAAGGAGAUGCGGGCGGUGAAGGAGAUUUGCGAGGGAUGUGCGGUGUGCGAGGCGAGGAGGCAGGCUGCUAAAGCUGACGCGAUGCUGUGUGGCUGGGGAUAG